GAAUGGUCGCGUAUAGUCAAAUGGACGGAUCACGACCGGGAAGAUCCCGAGGUCGUCCGCAGACGAGAAUAUGUUAAAUAUCUAGAUUCUAAAAGCAAAGAAAUGACAAAGUCUUGGCCGAACUCGGUAGAGAAUGUCAACAAACGUAAUGAAGAACUCCGUCGUGAAAGAAUCGAAGCAGCUGAAAAAGCCAACGCCGAGUUUUACAAAAGUUAUAUAAAGAAAAAGAAAGAGGAACAACAGAGGAUGAUGGCCAGCGCCAGGGAAACGAUAUUCAAGAACAAAGAUGCGCCUAAACUUUUACUUAGCUCCGUAAUCGAGACCGUUAUACAAAAGGAGCGCAUGGAACAACUAAAAUUUCAAGAGAAACUGCGACAGAUAAAAGCUGAACAAAAGAAGAAAAAUGACGAUGAAAUUAUAGCGAAAGCAAAGCAGUGGAACGAAUUGAUUGAGUUGAAAAAGAAGCGAAGAUAUGACGCAAACAAGCAACACCAGAAAGAAAUAACAGAGCAAGCCAACGAGAUAGCAGAGCGUAACAGAAAAGAAUACGAGACGGAAUUGAACCUGCAGAAGAUCGACAACAUAAAAGCAGAUGAACAAAUGGCUGCUAUUAAAAAGUUUGAAGAAAAUUUCAAAGCAUCGGAGAAGGCUCGCAUCUGGUCGGACAUGGAGCGUUCGCGCCAGGAGUCGGAGGCGCGUCGCCACGAACAAGCCGCCAGAGAACGCUUGGACGACAAGCUGCUCGAAGUGCUGCUGCGGUCCAGGGCUAGGAUUGAGCGGAGACGAGCACAAACCGAAUUAGACGUGAAGAACGAGAAGCUGCGAGUGCUGGAGAAAAUAAGUCAGCGCCUGGAGUCCGGGGACGCAGCCCGGGAACAGCACGAACAGGCCAUUUUGAAUAAAGCCAUCAAAGAAAAAUCUGAUGCGGAAGAAGCCCGUCGUCGUGCCGACAUUGAGAAGCAGAAGCAAUUCAGACAACAACGUCAAGAGGCGCGGGAGCAGUUCCUCAGAGACGAAGAAAAGAGACUACAGGACUUCAACACAUUGCGACAGUGGGAGAUCAUGAAUAGGUUCAAAAACGCAGAGUUGUAUCAUGAAUUCAAUGAAAAUAAGCGUCAAGAAAAAGCUCGCAAGACUCAGGAAUAUAAAGAGGACAUUUUAAGGCUAUGGAAAGAGCGUUCGGACCGCGAGGCUCAAGAGCUAGCGGACACCCGCUACUUCUACGGGGAGCUAGCCGAACAGAACAUGAGGGCGGAAGAUCAGAAGCUGCUGGAGCACGCCGCCAGCCUCGUGCUGGAGGCGCAGCAGAACGGAAGACCUGACUAUGCUAUCAGAAAGGCAGUGGAUCGCUACUGCCGCAUGCGCCGCCUGUACCCGCUGCCAGCGCUACCCGCGUCCCUGGCGGCGCACUACCCCCCGCCCGCCGCCCCGCCCGCGCCCCUCCCCGCUCUGGCGCCGCCCCUCCGGAGACAUGGCCUUCAGGAACCAGUGGAGGUGAAUACUUCAAAACCGCCAAACGAAGAGCCGAAUGUGGAAUCGGUGGCAGAAUACAAGCGACUGGGCCCAGCUAACGGUCUGCAGAGAAGGACUUCGACGCAAAAUAGUAAUGUUGUUCGUCCCUGCGAGGGACCUGCACAGGAUGGCGACGGUCGCUGCUCACCGUCGCAUGUGACGUCACAGUCGCGCGUCGCCGAGCGCUGUCGCUGCGACACGACGAACCAGCCAAGGAAAUAA